UCAAAAAAAUCAUUUCACUACGUUGUCUGAAACCAGCUAUUUCAACUAUUUCUGGAAAAUCUCAACAAAUUAAAAACAUUUUAAACAUUAUUCUGUGGCAAUUUUUAAACAUUCAAAAUUCAGGAGUUAUACGAAACAAAUAAUCACAUUCAAUCUCCACAAUGGUUGAAGAAAAAGAUGCUGAAAAUAAAGACACAGAACAGGCCGCAGAUGACAGUGCUGUCGAUGUGGAAGCCCAGGAGAAGGAAGAACUCACGGCAUUUCUUAACGAACUGAAAGCAAAAAUUUCAGCAAAAUCUCAGCUUCGCUAUGAAAAUACCAAUUUCGAACUUCCAGAGGAGUCCUAUUUUGUUAAACUGGAUUCCAGUCUUAAGCGAAAUACGGCAUUUGUUAAGAAACUCAAGCAAUUUACGGCAGCUCAACUGGAUGCACUGAUGAAGGAUAUGAAAGGUUUGAAUUUAAGCAAAUACAUAUCGGAAAUAUGUUCAGCCUUGUCUGAGGCAAAAAUCAAAAUGACUGAUGUACCGGCAGUUGUAAUGCUCUGCUCCAAACUACAUCAGACGUAUGAAGAUUUCGAUAAUGAAUUCUUUGAGGCAUGGCAGAAAACAUUGCAGCUUAAGCCGGGAGAGAAAAUUGGCAAUGCCAGUAAAAUGCGUGUGGAUUUGCGUUUGUUUGCCGAACUUGUCAGUUCGGGUGUGAUAAAUACCAAACAAGGUCUGGGCUUGCUGGGCAAUGUGUUGACCAAUGUCAUAUCUCAGGACAAAGAAGAUCAUAGUAACUUUUCAAUUAUACUAUCAUUUUGUCGUCACUGUGGCGAAGAAUAUGCAGGGCUUGUGCCAAGGAAAAUGAUAAACCUGGCUGCUAAAUAUGGUAAUCAACCCAUACCGAAAUCCGAUUUCCUAGCUCCCGACAAACAGCAGAACCUAAGGAAUCUCCUGAAAGACUACUUCAAGUAUUUGUGUAAAUAUUUGCUUUCGGAACAGGCGGAAUUGAUGAAUAUGACCAACAAUUUGAAGAAGGCAAUGGCCUCCAAAGGUGAAAUAUCCACUAAAACCAAGGAGAAAUGCGAACUAAUGCAGGCAAACUUCGACAAAUUGUUGUCCUCAGCCCAGACCCUUUCCGAUUUACUUGAUGAACCCUUGCCCGAGUUGGCAAAAGAAAUUGAGCCAUGCAAUCCCGAUGCCGUCAUUGAAAAUAUGAUGGAUGAAGCAGCUCUGGGUGAACUAGAUCCUUGGGGUGAUGAAGAAACCAAAAGUUUUUAUGUUGAUUUACCAGAUUUGAGACAAUUUUUACCCAAUUUUUCGGCCCCCAAAAUUGACCCAGAACAAAUUGAAGAUACCUCAGUAAUGACAGAAGAAGCUCUAGAUGCCGAAAUUGACAAUGACAUGGAUUUAGAUGAUCCACCCUCAACAACGUCUGAUCCAGCCAAUGAUAAAGAUGACAAAGAUGAUGAUAUUCCAGUCAGUGGAUCAUUACCGGAUAAAAUUGGUAAUGCUCUCAUGGAAGCGGGACGAAUGAAUAACCAAACAGCAGGUUCAAUAAAACAACAGUUUGCACAAUUUCUGAAAAAUCUCAAUAAUUGUGUGAAUAAAGAGCUCAUCGAUUCGGCGGCCAUAGAAUUUUUACUUAACUACAAUACGAAAAACAACCGGAAGAAAUUGACGAAAUCAAUAUUUGGGGUACACAGAAAUCGCUUGGAUUUGCUGCCGUUUCUAUCCCGCUUUGUGGCCAUUAUUAAUCUCUGUAAUACUGAUGUGGCAUUGGAUUUGUGGGAAUUACUGCGCAAGGAAUUCAAAUGGCAUAUACGCAUGAAAAACCAGCUAAAUAUUGAAUCGAAAAUUAAGGUUGUACGUUUCAUGGGUGAAAUGGUUAAAUUUGGUUUACUAAAGAAGUUCGAUGCCUUAAGUUGUUUGAAAAUUCUCUUGCGAGACUUUCAACAUCAUCAAAUUGAAAUGGCCUGCGCCUUCAUAGAAGUUGCCGGCGUAUAUUUGUACAAUUGCAAAGAUACUCGUUGGCUGAUGAAUACGUUCCUUGAUCAAAUGAUGCGUUUGAAAACUGCCACAGCCUUAGAUUCAAGGCAUGCUGCCCAAGUGGAGAAUGUCUAUUAUUUAGUCAAACCGCCAGAGACAGUUAAGCAAGAUGUUGUUUUACGUCCGCCCAUUCAUGAAUAUAUACGCCAUUUGAUCUUUGAGGAAUUAAAUAAGCAGAAUGUGGAACGAUCAAUUAAAAUGCUGAGACGCAUCAAUUGGAAUGAUCCAAGUGUCAGCAGUUAUGUUAUCAAAUGUCUAUCCAAAGCAUAUCUUUUACGUUUUCCCCUAAUACGUUGCCUGGCAGAUGUCUUGUCGGGUCUUAGUUCAUAUCAGGAACGAGCUGUAACCAUGGUCAUUGACAAUGUUUUCGAAGAUAUAAGAGCUGGCCUGGAAAUACAUUCACCAAAGCUGGCGCAGCGUCGUAUAGCAAUGGCCAAAUAUUUGGGCGAAUUGUACAAUUAUAAAUUGGUGGAAUCUACUAAUAUUUUAAAUACUCUCUAUUCUAUAAUUUCGCUGGGAGUUUCUACGGAGGAGGGUGUUAUAUCACCCUUAGAUCCACCAGAUAGUUUGUUCCGUUUGAAAUUGGCUUGUGUCCUAUUGGACACCUGUGGCCCCUACUUUACCAGUUCAACAAGUAAACAAAAAUUGGAUUACUUCUUGAUUUUCUUCCAACAUUAUUAUUGGUAUAAGAAAUCAAACCCGAUUUUUAGUAGAGUUCAGGAUACCCAUGACUUGUUUCCCAUACUGGUGGAUCACAUGUAUCGUGACUGCUUGGCAAAUGUAAGACCCAAAUUAAAGCUGUUUAAAAACUUGGAACAGGCAAAGGAAGCUAUUGAAAAGUUGAGAGAGAAGUUAUAUCCCCAACUCAAGGAAUUGACAGCCCAACAACAACAGCAGCAAGAUGCUGACGAAGCCAAUAAUUUGCAACCAAUACCCGAGGAUAGUGAAUUCGAUGAUGGAGCCAGUGAUGAUUCAUCAUCAGAAAUGGAUCGUCGUCCCCGAGAUGAAUGCCAAGAUGACGAGGAGGCUGCAAAUCAGGCCAAUACCACAGAUUGGACGGAAAAUGAAGGUAUGCCAGAGGAUGAUGUUGUUCCCAACAUACCUAAAAUCUCCGAAAAAACUAAAGAAGAUUUGGAAUUUGAGCAAAUGUUUGAAAAAAUGGCCCAGGAUUCCUAUCAAGAGCGUCUCAAGGAAACCAUUAAACCCAAUACAAAGGAUAUUCCUGUACCCAUGAUGGUACGAAAUAAUAAGAAAUCUUAUGAGCAAAUCUCUUCUGCUUCAAAUGCAGCCCCUGCCCCCUCGUCAUCGGCAGCAGUGUCAAAUGAUUCGAAAAACCCUGCCAGCGGACCAAUUAACUUUGUUCUCAUGGUACGUGGUGGUAAGGGUGGCAAACAACAAUUUAAAUCAUUUGUUGCACCCUCUGAUUCUCAGUUGGCCAUAAAUUUGAAAUUACAAGAAGAGAAAAUACGCGAAGAAAAGGAAAAAGUAAAACGAUUAACUCUAAACAUAACCGAACGUAUCGAAGAAGAGGAUUAUCAAGAGUCAUUAAUGCAAUCCCAGCGCAGCAGUCAAACCAGUCUCUAUACCCGUCCAAGUAAACCGAAAUUUAAACAUCAAAAGGGUGCACCAGAUGUUGAUUCUAUAUUCCAUUGAAAAUGGCUGGACACAGAUAUGUGUAUUAAAUAGACAACGACAGUUACGCUUUCUCUAAAUCGAAAUGGAUUUGUUAUAUUGCUUCCAGACCAGACCAGAAAUGAGGGAGUCUCCGGUGUGUAUGUAUCGAGACAACUACUCCUUCUCCUUCUAUGGACUUUCAAGGGGUGUAAUAUAUGAUGCAUUUGAUCAAGUUGCUUCUUGUGGUAAAUUGCUGAUACUCAAACCUUGAAUGACUUGCAGUUAGUUUUUAAAAAACAAAA